AUGUCCACGCCCCAAACCUUCCCCCUCUUCCCCCACCUCCCCUCCGAACUCCGCAUCCAGAUCUUCCUCCUAGCCCACCACACCACCCCACCCCGUCUCCUCCCCUUCCACCUCCUAAAACCAGACCUGGACUACCUCCGUCCUUUGCGCAAACCAUGUAACAACCACGCGCAUAUCACAUUCUCGCGUCUCCCUAUCCCGCCAUUACUCCAUGUCUGUCGGCUAUCUCGAGAGGUAGCGCUACAGCACUACACAGCUGGGUUCCAUAAUGGAGAGGGUGGGAGGAUGUUAGUGCUAGGAAGGGAAGAUAGAGAUGUCGAGACGUUCACGACUUGUUCGCAUGAGGUUGGCAGUCAUGAGAAUGGGAAUGGCGAUGGGUUAUUCUGGGAGCGAGGGAGGGAUGUAUGGUUUCUGAACGAGGCGGAGGGGCCAUCUAUCUUGAAUGAUGCGAAGACGGCUUGUAUCUGGGGCGGUCAAACGGGGAUUAAAUUUGGCCGCGUGGGAACUUUGUGUAUGCGCAUCGAGACGUUGAAUAGUCUCGGUCUAGGGGCGGGGAUCAUGUGGGAGAGUGUCGAGUGUUUGUGGGUGCUUGAUGAGGAUUUUGCGGAUAAUGAUUGGAGGCAGUUCGCGCUGCAGAAGGGGAAUAAGGUUACUAGGAUUGUGAAGAAUUCCGGGCUGAGGAACGCGGUGGGGGGAGAGGUGGAUGUGGAAUUCUUGAGGCCGAAGACGGUGGGUGAGGAGGAGGAGGAGUGGGAGUUGGGGAUGCAGGAGGUGUGGAUUGAUGGGGAAGAGGUUCUGGGGAACAUGAGACUUUUGAGGAAGCGGAUUGGAAGUUAG